GCCGUGCGCCGGCGCAACAACCCGAAGAAGAAGAAGAAGGGUCGGAGGUGAGGCGCAAGAAGAAGAGCAAGAGCCGAGGAAAGACGAGAGCCGGAGCAAUCAACCACCACCACCAGCAGCGCACCACACGCACACACGACACAACAUCGACAUCUCCAUGACCUCGACCUGCCUGCCAGCCAUCCGUGCCACUCUAUCCGCUCCCUGGUUCCCACUCCUCUCGGGAAAAGAGAGCCGUGCCCCAUGCGUGCCGUCCUCACUUAAGCCAAAGAGCCAAUCUCGUCGAGGCGAUGCCAUUGUUGCACAUGGUGCAGGCUCUUCCCUUUUGGCGCACAGUCACACAGACCUCAUUUCCUCUUUGGCGCGACAUUGCGUUACACUUAGCAGAAGCAACCACCGCAGCAACCACCACUAGUGGAAUAGCACCACCCAGAGCCAGAGGCAGGGAAGCGGCAAACAGCCGGUGCUCCGAUGGGUCGGUGUCGGUCGGCAGCGGUGCAUGUGCAUCGUGAGAAAGUUUACUGGAGACAUUCCCACAAGUAUUGGGAUUGUGCCGCACUCCUGCUCCCGGUUGCUUGGUUGCUCGGCUUUGGACUCGGCCUCGGUCAGCUGUGACACUUGUUUGGCGCAUUUUGCGAGAUUGGGUCUUCGGAUUGGGCCAUUGACGAAAUCCACCUGCCCGAGGGUGAGUUCCAGUUCAAAUUCAGGACCAGGGGUCGCUGCAAUCGCAGCCAUGAAAUCGAGAAGCUAACAAACAGAAAACGGAAAAACGGCACCAGCGACAUUCGCUGACAUCUGAUGGCACUGAUUUCGUAAAUUUCGUUUCCAGUAUUCUUCGUGGGGGAGGUUUUUGAGAUCAUCGGCGUUGCAAUGUUUUGAUAUGGAUUUUGGGAUGGCUCAAGAAAGACAGCCAUAUGCAAAAACAAAGACUUCAAUUUGCAUUAAAAAAGAAGAUUUUAGAGGAGGGAUAAACUGCUGACAAUGAUGAAUCAUCCCACUUAUGUGGGGUUGGUUUUAAAAUCUGCUGGCAGAUCAAGGAUCUUAACCGAAAUGGUAAUUAUAUAAUCCUAAGGAAAGAUCGGGGUCACCAAUCAAAACUUCCCAUCAAAACAACAUUUCUUAUAUUCUUUAAACAUUUUAAUUGAAAGUAUAUUAAGUUGUUCGAUAUUCUUUUACAUUGAUAAAUUUGGGACAUUAACAUUUCAUAAAUAUCUUCAAGUGGCUGUAAUAUA